AUGGACAUAGCCAUAAUCAGAAUGGAAGAAAAGUUUAAUGCUGUCGUACCAGUCAAAAAAAAUCCCCGUGGAAAGUUUGUUGGUUGUGAACAGAGACAAAAGAUUAUCAAUUUGUACAUAUCAAAAAUGACAGAGCAAGCCUCACUCCCAGAUCAACGACACCUUAAAUACAUAGACCUCAUAAAAUUGAUGUCACAAGAAACCGGUAUUGGUCAACGCACAAUUUCAAUGACUUUAUCUGAAUACAAGCGAAGAGGUACGAUUACUUCUCCUAAUAGAAAAAAAGUAAGACCUAAGUUAACUGAAAAAGUUAAUGAAUUUGACAAAAAUGCUAUUCGACGAAAAAUACACGAGUUUUGGCAUCGAAAAGAAUUUCCAACUUUUGAAAAAAUAAUGACAUCAAUCAAUGACGAUCCUAACUUAUCGAAUUUUUCGCGUUCAUCUUUGCAACUAUUAUUAAAAGACUUAAAUUUCGAAUACACUAAAAUAAAACGAAAUUUUGCUUUAACCGAAAGAGGUGAUAUAGUCUGCUGGAGACAAAAAUACUUGGAAUCUAUUAGAUAUUAUCGUAGCCAUGGUCGUCAAAUUUAUUACCUUGAUGAAUCUUGGAUAAACAUAGAAGAAUCUGCUAAAUCAGUCGAUGCCACGAUUCAAUCUGGACAAAAGAAUCUAUCAGGUAAAGGAAAACAAUUAAUUGUUGUCCACAUAGGAUCGUCUGAUGGGUUUGUUGCUGGUGGUCUUCGGUAUUUUGAAUCAAAAAACAAUUCUAGUGAUUAUCAUGACGAAAUAAAUGAUGUUACAUUUUACGAAUGGUUUAGUAGCAUUAUAUCGUUGUUGGAAGACAACGCAGUGAUCGUUAUGGAUACUGCAUCGUACCAUUCGGUCAAAAAAGAUACGUUUCCCCUCAUUUCGUGGGAAAAAGGUAAAAUUAUUAAAUGGUUGGAAGAUAAGGGAAAGUUAAUUCAUCGACCAAUGGUUAAACAUCAACUGUUAGAGGAGGCAGAACAAUUUCGACCAGUUUGCGAAAAGUACGUAAUUGAUGAAUUAGCAAAAGAAAAUAAUAAAAUAGUACUUAGGCUACCUCCAUAUCAUUCCGAGUUAAAUCCGAUCGAGUUAGUAUGGGCCUUUGUAAAACGCCAUGUCAAAACAAAUAACACGACAUUCAAAUUACCAGAUGUACAAAAACUACUACAUGAAGGUGUAGAACUAGUUACACCUGAGAUGUGGAAAAAAUUGUAUAAAUACUUCAUCAAAGAAGAAGAUAAAUUCUUUGAAAUCGACUUCAUCACCGAGGAAUUUUUGGAAGCGGAACUCACGGAACCCAAUGCUGUACAUUUUGUAACCAUAAAAGGCAACAUCUCUGAUGAUUCUGAAUCUGAAUUUGAUGACUCAUAA